AUGGCCUUUGGAGCCCCGUGCGUGACCAGUUUCUGCACGCUUUUCGGUGUAUUUCCAGGGCAGACCAGGACAGUGCUAUUCGAUAUGCCUACCAACGAGAUGUGAAAGCCUGCAUGGUAAACUUUUUAUCUCACUUACACCCUGGGCAUUUCGAAGAUUGCACGUCUUCUCAUCCUCUAUGUCUUGAAACGGCAUUUUUUGCUUGAUCCGGUUGAUGUACGUGUAGAACGAACCCCAGAGGGUCGCCCCCACCUGCCCUCUCAGCCGGAUUUUGACUUUAACGUUUCACACAAUGGAGACUACACAGUUUUGGCUGCCUGCACACAUGGACGGGUCGGUGUGGAUGUAAUGAGGAUGGAGUUUCCAUGUAAGAUUUUCAAUUGUCUAAUAGCUCAGCAUUCGGAACCUCGGCAAAUAAGUUCCUCCUGAAGAUGAAGAGCAUUUUUGCUGCCUCAGAGUGGAAUUUUCUGAUGUCCGGUUCCUCGGAUGCGGCCAAAAUGCAACGGUUCUUCCGACUCUGGGUACGUAUGAUUCACCCUUCCUUAAAAGCCAUGCCUCCAGAUACGUUGACUUCCUAAAUUCUAACCUCAUCAAUUUAUGCAUUGAAAAUCUCCUACCAUAUCUGUUCAGUGUAGGCACGCUUCCUUCUGUCUUCACAACCAUCCUUAUGUUCUACGUUGAGGCGAUACUACACUACAAUUCUGUUUUACAUAUGCACUUCGUUAACUAGGGAUGAUUGGUCGCUUGAAUUUAGUGUUUGAAAGAGGCGUACGUCAAGGCGCUCGGUGUCGGGCUUGGCAUGGAUCUUCAGACAGUUGAAUUUCAGCUUUCAAACUGGACCCCUCGUUGCGUUUGUUCUGAACCGGCUCUAUGGACUUUCGAGGAACAUGCUUUAGACCCGAGUCAUGCUGUUGCAAUCGCCUGGAACAUCUCAGGUCCUCAGGUUUGUUCUUUGAGCUGUGUCCUAUUCCGUUACAGGCCGUGAAGUCGAAGUGUUCAUUGCGCGGUUGCUCGAAUUAGCAAAACAGUUAGGCGAUGUCAGAUGUCUUAACUAAAAUAUUAUUUCGCCAUUCGAAUUGCAUCAAUUUGUACUUACUGUCUAAUCUUACCGGCCCGGGGGCUGGCGACGCCGUAUUGACACUUUAUGGCAUCCUCCUGGUGAACUGUGGCGUCACACAAGGGUGUUCCGACUAUUCGGCUGCCAUUGCUGGAUGACAAAUAGAGAUUACAAGAUGGUCAGUUACAACGCGAUUGGCGUGUCCCUCUCUCCCCCGUACGACCGUUUCCGUUAUGUUAGCCCUCCCCCGUGGACACACCACGCCCCCUCUCUUUUGGCGUUCCAACCGCCACGGUAGCAGUGAAGCAUCCGACGGCUGCCGCCUUUUUGGAAGACCUCUACAUACCAUUAAACGCCUGUGCAGUAAUAUAAGAGGGGCGGAGUAGCAAAAGUAGAGAUGGUUGGCCAACCCAACCUUGUGCUCACAUAGAGCGUUUGUGUGGGCUUUAAGGCUCUCCUGGCCAAAGAUGAACCCAGCAUGUGUUUUCACACCUCCUGCCACGUCGACUUACAUCAGCGAAAGAAAAGCAUAGCUGGUUGCCAGACACCUUCCCCCUCCCUAACCCUCCGUCAAAACUAGACUACAGUCCCUGACCCGUGAACGCCAGUAACCUUCUUCCCCACACUUACUGUUUAUUGGCUGUUUACACUUGCUACUGCACCUCGCCUUACAGGCCUGAUGGUGAAUAAUCGGAAGCGUACGUUUGCUUAACUUAACUUCUCAAACUUCACAUCGUUGAACUCUGAAGUUACCAAUAACAAUCGGUGGUCCGAGAGUGCGAUCCUCGCACUAAUAAAACUGGAACACGACCGUUUUGACCAAGGUGGCCAAUAUUAGCACUUGGCGCCCUUACAAUUCGCAAGUUUGAGCCUGCCAUGAUCACCUUGUAGAAGUAUGCAACGUCCCCUUACAUAUGCCCCGUUUGGCCACCACAAGUGUCUUCUCAGUUCGAAGAAUCCAGUGUAGCUAUGUUUCUUACGAACAAUCCGGAGUGCAUGUUUGUUUCCUGCUCUCAAGCGAGAUUGGGAUGUGCCGGCCUUUAGAAAUGCUAUAUCCUUAAUCGAGAUUCGAAUCUUGUUCCAGAAUUCUUCGCAUGUAUGACUCCGUAGCCCUCAACUCAGCACUUGGAUAGAUAUUUAAUCCAUAAACCGACUGUGGAAAAAUACUUUCGCUGAUAGCAGCUCAUGAUCGCCGCGUUUGUUGCGCCUAGGAGUAAUGCCGAUCUAGUCACCUCCGCAUCCCACGACACAGGUCGCAAGUGCUCGUGGAGGUCCGCGAUGGUAUGAUGUGGGUGAGGACCCCCUGUCCCGUCCCUGACUUACAAUCAGAGUCUGAGCCCGUAGGCUAAGUCGUCAGCGGAAUUCUUACUGGAUGGGGGACAGCGUUUGUCCUGUCGAAUACUAACUGGGCCUGCAACCUCCCUUAGCGGCCUGACUAGGGCGGCGUCUAGCCAGGCUCGAGGGAACCGCCACCAAAUGUCCUGCGACUGCCUAUCCGUCAGACCCGAAAUCCCGGUUGCUUUGUAACUAAUAGGCGCCCCUCUGCCGUUCGUAACUAAUCUUCAUCUAAGACCGUGCUCUUUUAGGCACUGACGGGCGUGCCUGAUACCGUCCUCCCGGAGGUGUAGGUUUCAUCCGCACAGCCUGUACACCUCACUCGGAGGGUAGUCGCGGACACUCACAGCCAAAGGGAUGUCGCUGACGAGUCACGACAGCACCAGAGGUCGGCCAGCCAUGUCCCGAGCCCCCGCUAAAAAAGCCUACAGCUUGAACCCGGAUUCUGCUCGCCAUUGAUAAUGGGUUCACGUCCUGUCGACUAUGAGCGGAAGUAACCAAAGUCACGCGGUGACAUUCACUGCCCCCGCCAGACGACAGGACGAAGUACGAGCCAUAGCUUGCCUGCUCCGUACAAAACGCUCCGCUUUCGGAUCACCUUCCACUGCCGUCCAAAAUCCAAACACUUGUUCACACUAGCCUCGAGUGGAUUACCUUUCUCAUCGUUGCUUCUCCAGUAUGUCUUUUGAAGCGGCGCAUUUUCCGUUUAAGGUGCACACUAUCAGAAACAAUAUAUGUAUCCCCGUAAACAACGCGAAUCAACUUAAAUCUUUUUUACUUAAUCAUAACAGCGCCCAGAGCCUGGAGAGUUCAAAACGCUUUCCUAUGAGGAACUGGUCGCCGAUCUGCGCCCGUUUAAUGAGGUUUCCCCUGCGGUAUGGUCCGAGUUCCUCGCAAAGGACUCAUCUCCUCCAUCUUCACGAAGGACCUUAUCCUGA